CCACCAUGGGGCUAAGAGCGGCCAGCCUCUUCCUCCUCUGGCUGGCUCUUUCCUCUGCUUAUGAAAUAAAAAAAGGAAGGACAAGAAACCAUGGCCACUAUGUCUGCAGCACUUGGGGAAACAACCACUUCAAAACUUUUGAUGGCGACGUCUACCAAUUCCCUGGCGUUUGCGAGUAUAAUUUUGUUUCCGACUGCCGAGAUGCUUACAAGGAAUUCUCUGUCCACAUCCAGCGUGCUCUCAACAGCAAUGGCCAUCCUGAGAUCCAGUAUAUUCUGAUGAAAAUCAAGGAUAUAACCGUCUACCUCAAACCAAACCUGGUUGUGGUGGAUGGGCGGAUUGUGAAGACACCUUACUACUCCUCUGGUGUCUUCAUUGAGGCCAGUGAAAUUUACACCAAGAUUUAUGCCAAAUUAGGCAUGGUUCUGAUGUGGAACCAGCAGGAUGCCCUGAUGGUGGAGCUGGACAACAAAUUUAAUAACCAUACCUGUGGUCUCUGUGGGGAUUACAAUGGAAUUCAAAUCUACAAUGAGUUCAUCAAAGGAGACACAAGCUACAACUCAAUUACAUUUGGGAACAUGCAGAAGAUCAGCAAACCCACUGCCAAAUGUGAAGAUCCAGAUGAAACCCAGGCUCUUCCAAGCUGUAAUGAGCAUCGUGAUGAGUGUCACAGGUUGCUGACUUCCCCUGCAUUUGCUGAUUGUCGGCUACGGCUUAAUUUGGAAAUGUACAUCCAAGCCUGCAUGCAGGACAAGUGUGCCUGUAAUGGGAAGACAGACUCCUUCUGCCUCUGCAGCACCAUCUCUGAGUAUUCCCGCCAGUGUUCGCACGCAGGGGGCCGCCCAAGAGAAUGGAGGACAGAGAGCUUCUGCCCCAAGAGCUGUCCUGCUACCAUGGUCUACAGAGAAAGCAGCUCACCCUGCAUGGAUACUUGCUCACACUUGGACAUCAGCAGCCUUUGUGAGGAGCACUACAUGGAUGGCUGUUUCUGCCCUGAAGGAACUGUGUAUGAUGAUAUCAGUGAAAAAGGCUGCAUCCCUGUUAGCCAGUGCCACUGCAAACUUGGUGGAAAGACCUAUGCACCUGGAGAAAGGAUUUCCAAAGAAUGUGAAGAAUGCACCUGUAAUUCAGGCAGAUGGACCUGCAAAGACCUAGACUGUCCAGGCACAUGCUCAGUGGAAGGAGGUUCCCAUAUUUCCACCUUUGAUGGGAAGAAAUACACCUUCCAUGGAGACUGCUACUAUGUGUUGGCCAAGGGUACUGAAAAUGAGAAUUAUGCUCUCCUGGCAGAGCUGGCUCCCUGUGGCUCCACAGACAAACAGACCUGCUUGAAGACUGUUGUGCUGUUAGCAGAUAACAAAAAGAAUGUGGUGGUUUUCAGAUCAGAUGGCAGCGUGCUCCUGAAUGACAUGACAGUGAAUGUGCCUCAUGUGUCAGCCAGCUUCUCAGUAUUCAAGCCGUCUUCCAACUACUUUGUUGUACAAACUUCUUUUGGGCUUCAGAUGCAGAUCCAGCUGUUUCGAGUCAUGCAGCUGUUUGUGACUGUGGAUCAAUCAGUUAAAGGAAAACUUCAAGGUCUUUGUGGAAACUUCAAUGGAGUGGAAGGUGAUGACUUUAGAACAACCAGCGGGCUGAUUGAGGCUACAGGAUCUGCCUUUGCUAACACAUGGAAAGCUCAGUCCACCUGCUCAGACCAGGCAGAAAAGCUGGAAGACCCCUGCAGUCUCAGCAUUGAAAGUGCAAAUUAUGCUGAGCAUUGGUGUUCUUUGCUGAGAAACCCAAAGGGUCCUUUUGCAAGAUGUCACUCAGCCAUUGAUCCUUCAGAAUACUAUAAGAAAUGUAAAUAUGACACCUGCCUCUGUGAAGACAAUGAAGAAUGUUUGUGUGCUGCCCUGUCCUCUUACUCAAGAGCCUGUGCUUUCAAAGGGAUCAUACUGGGAAACUGGAGAAACAGUGUCUGCAGCAGCGAAGCAUCUUCUUGCUCAGGAAAUCAAGUCUUCCUUUACAAUCUUACAAUGUGCCAGCAAACCUGUCGUUCCCUUGCUGAUGGUGAAAAGUAUUGCUUGCAAGACUUUGCUCCUGUGGAUGGCUGUGGCUGCCCAUCCAAUACAUACUUGGAUAACCAGGAUAACUGUGUGCCCAUCUCCCAGUGCCCAUGUUAUUACAAGGGCUCAUACCUGGAACCUGGGGAAUAUUUCACAAAAGAUGGAGAACGCUGUGUUUGCCGAAAUGCUAAGAUCCAGUGCACUUCAGUGAAAAUAAAAAUGAGAAGUGAAGAAGCAUGUUCUUCCAACAAGACAUACUUUGACUGCAGUGCAUCCUCAAAGUGGAGUUCACAAACACCUCUACAGCUUAGCUGUCAUACUCCUCAAACUGAUCAUUUCCAGGCAGAGUGUGUCUCAGGCUGUGUGUGUCCUGAAGGUCUAUUUGAUGAUGGCAGAGGGGGCUGUGUUGAGCAAAAAGAUUGCCCAUGCAUUCAUAACAAUGAGUUGUAUUCUUCUGGACACAAGAUAAAAGUGGACUGCAACACUUGCACCUGCCAGAAAGGGCUUUGGAAAUGCACUGAUGACGUGUGCUAUGGGACUUGCACAAUAUAUGGAAGUGGCCAUUAUAACACUUUUGAUGGGAAAUUCUAUGACUUUGAUGGGAGCUGUGAAUAUGUGGCUGCUCAGGACUUCUGUGGCGACAAAAAUUCCAGUGGCUCAUUCAGUAUCAUCACAGAGAAUGUCCCUUGUGGAACUACAGGAGUCACCUGCUCAAAGGCUAUCAAAAUGUUCCUAGGGAAAACUGAACUGAAAUUGGAGAACAAAGAGUACAAAGAAAUUCAGCGAGAUGUUGGUGAUGAUGUGCAGUAUUGGAACAGGACAGUCGGGCUGUACUUGGUUAUUGAGGCUAGCAAUGGUGUGAUGCUGAUCUGGGACAAGAAGACCACUGUUUUCAUCAAGCUGAGCCCUGAUUACAAAGGCAAAGUGUGUGGUCUGUGUGGCAACUUUGAUGACAAGGCAAACAACGAUUUUACAACAAGGAGUGGACUGCAGGACUCUAAUCCUCUGAUUUUUGGAAAUUCCUGGAAACAAUCUCCCAUGUGCCCAGAUGUCACAAAAGAGAUUAAGCCCUGUGAUCUGAAACCACACCGGAAAUCCUGGGCAGAGAAAGAAUGCAGCAUCAUCCAGAGCGAAGUCUUCGAAAUUUGUCACUCCAAGGUGAACCCACUUCCUUUCUAUGAAGCUUGUGUUCAUGAUGCCUGCUCUUGUGACAGUGGUGGAGAUUGCGAGUGCUUCUGCUCUGCAGUUGCAGCGUACGCCCAAGAGUGCAUCAAGGCUGAGGCCUGUGUUUUCUGGAGAACUCCUGAUAUCUGCCCCAUAUUCUGUGACUACUACAACCCUCGCAAUGAGUGUGACUGGCACUACGAGCCUUGUGGCAGUAAUAUCACAACCUGCAGGAUGAUCAAUAACGUCAGCACCAACUUUACAAUACCACUACUGGAAGGCUGCUACCCCAGAUGCCCUAAGGACAAGCCUAUUUAUAAUGAAGAGACAAAGGAAUGUGUGACUGAAGACAAAUGUGGAUGUUACCUCGAGGAUGGAACCCAUGUACCCCCUGGGCAAGAAGUAGUCACAGAAGACAACUGUACAAUAUGUGUCUGUGUCCCAUCAGGAUCCAUACAGUGUAAACCAGUCCCAGGGUGUCCUUGUAUCAUCAAUGGAACACGUUAUGAAGUGGGUGAAGUUAUCGGAAAAGUACAGGAUGGCGACAUAUGUAUAAUAUACAUUUGUGCAGAAGAUGGUACUACAAAUAUUACGAUCGUGCCUUGUCCAACAACUUCACCUACAACCAUUUCAACCUCCUUCCCUUCCAGCACUCUUACCACCACCACCACCACAGUUUCCACUACGAGCCAUCCAGUAACUACAACUCCUUGCUUUGGACUGAUCUGUGAGUGGACUGAGUGGUUUGAUGUUAGCAAACCUGAAGAAGGUGAUGGUGACUAUGAAACAUACGAGGAAAUAAGAAACCAUGGAAACAAAAUAUGUAGAGCUCCUGAAAAAAUUGAAUGCAGGGCUAAGGAUAAACCUGAUGUGAGCUUAGAAGAACUUGGUCAGAAAGUCCAGUGUAAUGUUACAUAUGGGCUAAUCUGUAAAAAUGAUGAGCAAGAUGUAACUAUGUGGCAACUUUGCUAUAAUUAUGAAAUCAGAGUAAACUGUUGUGAGUGGCAAGAAAUACCUUGUGAGCCUACAACUACACCUACUACACCACAAACUACAACUUCAACCACCAUCAAGACAAUACCCACCACCACUACAAUCAGGACUUCAACCACACCUAUAGCCGAGCCUACCACAAGCACACCCAGCACAGCAUCCCCAACAACAGAAUUGCCAACCACUCCCCCACCACCAGAGACUCCCAUCACCACCACCCCCACUACCACCACCACCACCACCAGAGGACCAACGACAACAACAACUGUUCCACCAACAACCACCACAGUUACAGAAGGCACAACGAGCACAGCAUCCCCCACAACAGAAUUGCCAACCACUCCUCCACCACCAGAGACUCCCAUCACCACGACUACCACCACCACUAUCACCACCACCACCCCCACCACCACUACCACCACCCCCACCACAGGACCAACGACAACACCCCCACCAGGCUGUGACUGCGUCUGGUCGGACUGGAUUGACAUGACUUACCCAAAUGCUUCUGACAAGGACAGUGGUGACUACGAAACCUUUGAGAACAUUUGGAAGAACUUCCCCUCCUGGGAGUGUGCAAAAGUUGAAAAUGUUUCUUGCCGAUCAGAGAAAUUCCCUAACAUUCCCAUUGCAGAUUUAGGGCAGAAAGUGGAAUGUAGUGUUGACGUAGGUCUCGUCUGUAACAAUAAAGACCAGCAGAUAGGAGGUAUAAUUCCAAUGCCAGUCUGCCUCAACUAUGAGAUCAGUGUCUGCUGCACCCCCAACCGCCCAGAGUGUCUUCCAACUCCAAGCACCCCGAGCACCCCAAGCACCACACCUUCCACAGCUUCACCCACAACGACCAGUGUGUCCACUCCAAGAUCAACAACCACUCCAACGCCAACACCAGAGACUCCCAGCAGUACCACCCCUACCACCACCACCACCACUACGACCACGAUGUCCCCCAGCACCCCCACCACCAGUGGCAGCACCUCACAGACAACACCAACUGUUCCUGUCUCAACUACACCCAUUUCAACUACUUCAAGCACAGCCACGCCCACACCAACAUACACCACCACCACACCAACUCCAGCCCCACCUACGUCCACACCGAGCACACCAAAAUCGACAACGACUCCCUCAACACCAGAGACUACCACCACCACCACCACCAGCCCUCCGAGCACAACAACCACUGUUCCUGGACCAACAACUACUACCUCAACUCCUGGAAGCACACCUCCACCCACACCGAGCACACCAGGAACACCGGAAACACCAGCUACUCCCACAACAACAACAACAUCUGAAACUCCCACCACCACUGCCAGCACCACGAUGCCCCCCAGCUCCACCACCAGCAUCAGCACCCCUAAGACAACAACGACUGUUACUGGAUCAUCAACAACCUCCUCAACUACUUCAAGCGCAUCCACACCCAUAGCAGAAUAUACGACCACUCUACCAACUCCAGGCACACCUCCACCCACACCGAGCACACCACAAUCGACAACGACUCCCUCAACACCAGAGACUACCACCACCACCACCACCAGCCCUCCGAGCACAACAACCACUGUUCCUGUACCAACACCAACACCCACUUUGACUACUUCAAGCACAUCCUCACCAACACCAACAUACACGACCACCCUACCGACUCCAACCCCACCUACGUCCACACCGAGCACACCAAAAUCGACAACGACUCCCUCAACACCAGAGACUACCACCACCACCACCACCAGCCCUCCGAGCACAACAACCACUGUUCCUGGACCAACAACUACUACCUCAACUCCUGGAAGCACACCUCCACCCACACCGAGCACACCAAAGUCGACAACAACUCCCUCAACACCAGAGACUACCACCACCACCACCACCAGCCCUCCGAGCACAACAACCACUGUUCCUGGACCAACAACUACUACCUCAACUCCUGGAAGCACACCUCCACCCACACCGAGCACACCAAAGUCGACAACAACUCCCUCAACACCAGAGACUACCACCACCACCACCACCAGCCCUCCGAGCACAACAACCACUGUUCCUGUACCAACACCAACACCCACUUUGACUACUUCAAGCACAUCCUCACCAACACCAACAUACACGACCACUCUACCAACUCCAGCCCCACCUACGUCCACACCGAGCACACCAAAAUCGACAACAACUCCCUCAACACCAGAGACUACCACCACCACCACCACCAGCCCUCCGAGCACAACAACCACUGUUCCUGUACCAACACCAACACCCACUUUGACUACUUCAAGCACAUCCUCACCAACACCAACAUACACGACCACUCUACCAACUCCAGCCCCACCUACGUCCACACCGAGCACACCAAAAUCGACAACAACUCCCUCAACACCAGAGACUACCACCACCACCACCACCAGCCCUCCGAGCACAACAACCACUGUUCCUGGACCAACACCCAGCUCAACUCCUGAAAAUAUUAUCACCAUAACCCAACCGGUUCCACCCACAGAAGCAAUAAAGGGUACCACAACACCUGAACCAGAGACGUCGACAAAGACAAACACUCCAGUUACUCCUUCAACUACCCCUCUGCCAACAACAAGAACAACAGAAGUAAGUACACCUACUGCAAGCACCACUAGUCAACAGUCAACAUCACCAGUGUCAACAAGCCCAGUGACAGCUACCACCUCUGAAGUCACUGAAACAACACCAACCACCAAGACCACCACUUCAGGUCCCACACCCUCAAGAUCCACCAGCACCACACCAGUAACAGAAACACCUUAUCAUGAGACCACUACCAUCAGGACCCCAAGCCCCCAAUCUACCACCACUUCCAGCCCUGGCACCACCACAACCUCGGGACCAAGCAGCACUACAGUAACACCACCACCAAUAACAACAACCACCAAGACCACCACUUCAGGCCCCACACCCUCAGUGUCCACUCCCCCCACCACCACAGGAGGAACCGAAAUAAGUACCCCAGGGACAACCUCUGCAACUGUUACUACUCCAACAACAUCACCUGCAUCAACCAGCCCUGUGUCAACCACCACCUCUGGUACUACUCCAACAGAAAGCUUUACCACCACUUCAGGAACCACCUCCGUCAAUGUAACCACCACCUCCACCACAUUCACAACCCUUCCCCCUAGCUCAACUACUACAUCUGGGCCAACUGCAACAUCAACUGCAGUCACCACUACAGGAAGUUCUACGCACAGUGCAACUCCUCCAGUUAAUGGCUCAAGUUCAACUACAAGUCUAACACCAACCACUCCUAAAAAGACUUGUACUAUUUUCCCUAAUGAAUCUUAUGAGCAAGGUGACUCAUGGUGGCUCUGUAACUGCACUAAGGCAAUAUGUAUAGAAGACAACAUUGUCCAGGUGAUUCCAGUAAUCUGCAAUCCACCUCCGAAACCCACAUGUGCCAAUGGACUGUCUCCUGUGCCAGUCAUUGAUGAGGAUGGAUGCUGUUGGCACUGGGAGUGUGAUUGCUACUGCACUGGCUGGGGAGAUCCACAUUACAUGACUUUUGAUGGAUUGUACUACAGCUUUCAAGGAAAUUGUACAUAUGUCCUUGUGGAAGAGAUCAUUAAGAACGUUGACACCUUUGGUGUCUACAUUGAUAACUACCAUUGUGAUACACGGGAUGUAGUGUCCUGUCCUCGAACGCUCAUUGUGAGACACGAGACUCAGGAAAUCAGGCUAAGAACAGCAGAACCAAAUACUCUACAAGUAGAGGUGACAGUAAACAACCAGCUCGUGGCUUUACCUUAUAAAAAGUUUGGCGUGAGCAUCUAUGAGUCAGGCAUAAAUCGUGUUGUGGAAAUUCCUGAGCUGAAAAUGAAUGUGACCUACAAUGGCUUGUCCUUUUCUAUCAGAAUGCCCUACAGCCUGUUUGGCAACAACACCCAGGGACAGUGUGGUACUUGCAAUAACAACACAGCAGAUGACUGCAUGCUGCCAGAUGGAAAAAUUAUAGAUAACUGUGAAAUCAUGGCAGAUCAUUGGCAAGUUAAUGAUCCUUCCAAACCACAGUGCUCUCCAAGCCUAGUUCCUACAGGUUCACCAAGCACAACACCAACACAGCCUUGCAAAGAAUCUUCCAUCUGCGAGCUUCUUUUGGGAAGUGUGUUCAAGCCAUGCCAUUCCUUUGUCCAGCCUGAAAAGUACUAUGCAGCCUGUGUUUUUGAUAGCUGUGUACUUCCCAACCUAGACCUGGAAUGCUCAAGUCUGCAGAUCUAUGCUGCCACCUGUGCUGAUCAAGGCGUGUGCAUUGACUGGAGAAAACACACCAAUGGUGUCUGCUCUCAUGAAUGUCCUCCUGGUAAAGAAUACAGAGCAUGUGGUCCUAUUAAAGAGAUGACCUGCAAAUCAAGAGGACAGAAUGACACAUCAACUAAACAAGUGGAAGGCUGUUUCUGUCCUAAUGGAACCAUGCUGUAUGACUCUGGUGUGGAUGUCUGCGUGAAAACUUGUGGCUGUGUUGGAGUGGAUAUGAUACCAAGAGAGUUUGGAGAAAAGUUUACAGUGGACUGUCAGGACUGCAUUUGCCUGGAAGGUGAACAUGGCAUUGUAUGUCAACCUCAUGUAUGUGAUCAGAAGAAGGUCACUUGUGAUGGAGAAGGCUUCUAUGAAGUCACCGAAGUCAAUCCUAAAGACCCCUGCUGCCCUCUUUUCACUUGCAAAUGCAAUACAAGCUUGUGCACAGCCAAAGCCCCCAAGUGCUCACUGGGAUUCGAAGUUCAUUCUCAUAUUCCCAGUGGUCAGUGCUGUCCUGUAUACCAAUGUGUUCCCAAGGGGGUUUGCGUACACGAGAAUGCUGAGUUCUUGCCCAACUCCUCAGUCUUUGUUGACAAGUGUCAGAAUUGUGUGUGCACAAACGAUGUUAACGUCAGCACUCAACUGAACAUCAUCUCCUGUCAACAUGUCCCCUGCAGCACAUACUGUGAACCAGGAUAUGAACUUAAACCAGUGAAAGGUGAAUGCUGUGGAAAAUGUGUGCAGACCAAGUGUAUUAUACACACAGCAGACAAUUCUGAACUCAUCUUGAGUCCUGGAGACUUUAAAAAUGAUCCUCACAACAACUGCACCAUUUAUAGCUGUGUGGAUGUCCACAACCAGCUUAUCGCUUCCACAUCUGAGAUUACCUGUCCAGCAUUCAAUGAGGAGAGCUGCAAACCUGGAACUAUUUCUUUCUUACCUAACGGUUGUUGCAAAACCUGUGCCCCUCUGGACAGCAGCACCCCGUGCUCUGUGCGCCACAGAACAGACUUUAUCGUCUACAAUGGCUGCCGCUCCGUGGACAGAGUUGACUUGACUGAAUGUGAAGGAACAUGUGGAACCUUCUCGCUAUACUCUGCUGAGGCUAAUUCUAUGGACCACAGCUGCUCCUGCUGCAGAGAAACAAGGACCACUGAGAAGCAUGUGGUUCUGAAAUGCCCCGGUGGGCACUCAGUGUCACACAAGUACAUCUAUGUGGAGAGCUGCAGCUGUCAAGACACUGCAUGCAGCAGGCCCCAGUCCAAUGACCUGCAGAGCAACAAAGAAAAUGACAAGGCGAGCACUCUGAGCCGGGUCAAGAGAGCCAUCAGCUUAACAUCAAAAUGAAGGCAAAAACCCUGGCACCGUUAACUAAAAGGACUGAAAACCAUUCUUAACUUCCUUCAGUACUUCUGAAUUUUACUUUUCCCAGUAACUGCAUCCUGUUUGUUCUCUACUCUAUUUAUUUGUGCACAAAAUAAGAACACAAAUUUGU